UACCCCAAAGCAAGGCGUGGAACAGCCACGGGAGGUUUUCAUCUCUGCAUCAACCAGGGACCUGGAGGACUCGGGAAAAGGGCUGGGCGAGGCAGCUAGGUGGUGCAGCACGUAGGGCGUUGGCCCUUAAGGCCCGGUGUUCAGAUCUGGCCCCCAGCACUAGCUUUGUGAGCCUGGGGAGGAAAGGACUGAUCCUAGCGUGGCUGGAACCCCAGGGAGGAUGAGACCUGGGACUGCAUGGAGAACUCCAGCGAGGAAGGUCAGGCCUGUCUUUGUGACUUAGUUGCCCAAGAGGGUUAAUGAUGCUCGUGGGCCACAGGCAACACUGGCGCUCCGGGCCGGCUCUCCGAUCGGCCUCCUGGCUACCGCGAAGUUUGGAAGGAGGGGUGGGUGGGAAGAAGUGGCUUGUACCCAGCAGGACUUUCAUUUCUUCUCAAGAGUGUGGCGGCAAGAGGUGCUGAGGAUUUUUACUCAGACUUAGGAUUUAGGGUAUUAAAGUAACUCUGGAAGAUGGGUUGGGUCAAGGGUGAUGCUUGAAAGGGAAAAGGAGCAUAUUUGGCUGAUAAAAGCAAGAGGGCCACCUAGGUGGCGCAGUGGGUAGAGCACCGGACCUGAGUUCAAAUUUGGCCUCGGACACAUGAUGCCUCCUAGCUGUGUGAUCUUGGCCAAGUCACUUAGCCCCAGUUGCCUCAGCAAAAGAAAAGGUUAAAAGCAAGAAACAAUGGAUUUAGAGACCUAAUCAAUGUGAGUGAAGAGAAGACAUUGAGGAGAGAUGAGACGAAGCAAUGGCUAGGGGGAAUAAGAAAGCAGUCAGGGCCAAAAUAGCCUACUUGGGUCACUCCCAGGGAGUGCUCUCAAGUGGCCUAAAGGAGGCACAGGAUUUGGGGGAGAAGGUGAGGUCUACAACCUUUCAUGAGGAGCUGGUGAUGGGUAGCGUACAGGCAUCCAUGACACGUGUUGAAAAGUUGGGAGGGGGCAACAUGUGGAUUUGGGAGUCAUAUUAGAGCUGAAAAUUGAACCCAUGGAGCCCUGAGAUCACAGAAGAGGGCCUGGGGGUGACACACAUGCUUUGGGACCAGGCAAGGGAAGAAGGUCUGGCAAAGGUGGUUAACAGUGUCAAAACCUGCUGAAAAGUUGGAGAAAAGGGAAGGAAUCGACCAUCUGCAGGCAGGGCCAGAUGAAUUUUUGAAAACAUGGGAGACCUGGGCACAUUUGUAGGUGGAAGGCUCAGGAAUGAGUAGGGGAGAUACCUAAUAGGGAAUGAUGGGAGGACACACGGAAUAGGGAAUGAUGGGAGGACACAGAAUAGGGAAUGAUGGGAGAAUUAAUAGGGAAUGAUGGGAGGAGAAAGCUUUGGGGAGACCAAGGAAGGACAGGGCCGGGGCUGAGGAUCCCAGCAUACCCCUGCAUGGGGCAUUGGAAUCCCAGGCUAUGCUGAGUGCACUGCUUUGGUGAUGGCGGCCUUGCCCUCCUGGUGAAUAUAUAGUCCUGGGAGGAGCUGGGGAUGAGGGAGCUGGAAGGGAUUCCCAGUCCCAGGAGGAUCCCCCAAAACGGUCAGGGUGGAAAUCACAUCUGUUGAACCUUGGAAAUACUUCAGUAGACCAUAAGGAACCUCCAUCCCAGUCAUGCCAGGUUUCAUGAGGUAGAAGGGGGUGGGAUGAGAACUAAGAGUUUCCCCAGAAAUGGAAGAGCUGUGAAGGGCCUUGGUGAGACAGGUAGACAGUAGGCUUCCAUUGAAUAUUUUUUGGGCUCCUAGUGUUGCUCAAAAGAUGGCAGGUGGCAGAGGAGCAAAAAGGAAUCAUGGAAGAAGCUGAUUUCAGCUCAGUGGAUCCAAAUAUAGUAUCGGCUGAUGUUGAGAGCUGACGGUAGUGAGCUCCCUCACUGGAGGCUCCUACCUGGACGACCACCGAUCAAGGAUGCUGUAGGACAAAUGCCUGCCCUGGUGUGGCCUGGAGGAAGGCCCUGGCAAAGUCUUCUAAAUUAGAGUCUGUGACAACUCAACUUUGUCUUUCCCCCUUUGAGUGGAUCUUUUCCCACUUGUAUAAGAUGACGGGUUUCUGGUGCUUUGGGGAAAACAACUGGAUUCAGGACCCGAGUUCAGCCCUGCAGCUCCCUCCCUCAUUACCUUAGGGGUCUCUUCCCCUUCCUGGGUCUCUACUCUUCCAUCUGUAAAGUGCAGUGGUUGGAGCAGGUGCCUUCCAACUUUCCAUUUCUUAUUCCUCUUUCUGAAAUGAGGGGGUUGGUCCCCCUGGAGCCCCUCUCUAUCAUCUGCCCAGAACUUAGGCAGCAUCAAAUCCCAACUGAAUCUUGGCCUCCUGCGCUGCCUCCCGGCCCCACAACCCGAGAAGUCAGGAGAGGAAGGCAGAGCCUGGAAUCCUGCGGAGAAUUUCCUGUGGGCAAGGGAGGAAUGGCAAGGGAACAAGGAGGCUCUUGAGGAGAUUGGGUGGAGAGGGAGCCGCCUCUCAGGCUCUGCCUUCCUCGCCUGAAUUCUCUGGUUGAGGGGCCAGAGGCGGUGCAGGAGGGCAAGAUUCGAGGUUGGGAGCUGAUGCUGGCUGGGACCUGGGCAGCUUUUGAGAAUAGAGCUCUUUUUCAGCAUUUGCAGGAGGGCAGGAAAUACCAGACUAGUUAUUUCCCCAAGAGCAGGGUUAAUAGCAGUUCCCUAAACCACUUGGAGACUUGGAUCUGUCCAAGUUGGUGAGAGCUUGGCAGCUUACAGAGUGGAGAAGGACUCAGGGCGGGGAUGGCAACUACAGAAUUGACAGGCAGACCCCCCAGGUGAAGCGACAAGGGAGUUCUGGUAGUCUCAGUCUGUCCCUUAGACCGCAUACAGACCCAAACUUAUCCGCGCAUCAUGAUCCGGACCCCUGUUUCUCUGCUCCUUGCUGCCAUUAUUCUCAGCAGCCUCCCCAAUCUGGGCUUUGGGGGGCGACUGAUGGCCAAACUGGCAGCCAGGAAGCUGUGUGCAGAUGAAGAAUGCAGCUACCCUAUCUCUCAGGCCGUCGCCCUGCAAGACUAUUCAGCCCCAGACUGCCGUUUUCUAUCUGUACAGCAGGGCCAAGUCGUCUUUGUCUACUCUAAGCUGAUGGGCCGAGGACGCCUCUUCUGGGGAGGCAGUGUUCAGGGGGAGUACUAUGGGGCCCAGCCUGCCCGCUUGGGCUACUUCCCAAGCAGCAUCCUCCGAGAGGACCAUGUCCUGAAGCCAGGAAAGGUGGAGGUUAAAACGGAGAAGUGGGACUUUUACUGCCAGUGAGUCCAGGCUGCCCCUGGCCCUGUCUCUGCCCGGCUGGAGAAGCAGAUGUUGGCCCGAGCCCCGGGACGUCUGCCGCCCCUCCCCUUCCCGUGCCCCUUGCCCAGUUUUGUGCCAAUAACACCCGUGUGCAGCA